AUGACUGAACUACGCCCGCCCGAGCCACUGCAAUUAGGCGACAACGCAGCGGCGUCCUGGCAGACAUUGAAGCAACGCAUCGAGCUGUACCUGAUAGCUACGGAGCCCAUCAAACCACGCAGUAAGGAGCAGAAAGCUGCAAUUUUUUUGCACGUCGCCGGUCAAGAAGCAAUUGAUGUGUUCAAUACCCUGAACCUGACGCCGGAGGAAGCUAAAGACUACGACGCUUUGGUUAAAGCGUUUGAAGCCUACUGCUUGCCCAAGUGUAAUGAGACUUACGAACGCUAUGUGUUUCGCUCGCGUCGUCAGGCACACGGAGAUCCAUUCGAACAGUUCUUUCGGGAUUUGCAGCUCAAAGCAAGAACGUGCAACUUUGGUGAUUUACGAGACUCCAUGCUGAGGGACCAAAUCGUGUAUGGCAUUUCUAGCGCUUCCCUGCGUGAAAACCUUCUUCGCAAGAAGGACCUGACCCUCGUCACAGCAGUGGAAUACUGCAAGGCUGAGGAACUUGCUGAAUCGCAAAAUAAAGCGAGCUUCGCCCCUAAAAAAUGCCGGUACUGCAACUUGUCACACGCGCCAAGAAAGUGUCCGGCGUACGGCAAAAUAUGCAACAACUGCAUGAAGCCUAAUCACUUCGCCGCCUGCUGUACGAGCAACCGAGCAGCUGUUGAUGACGUGGUCGAUGGAGUGGAGAGUGACGGUGACUUCGACGUUCUGGAGAUCAGGACAACGGAAAGCAAGCGUGGUCACGAAAGUCGCGAUUGGGUUGUAACAACGAACAUUGAAGGAAAGCAGGUGCAGCUGAAGGUCGACACCGGAGCGCAGGCCAACUUGCUGCCGCGUUCGCUGUUCAACAGGCUCGGUACUAAACAGCAGCCGUACCCCACGAGGAGCAUCUUGCGUCAUUAUGGGGGUGGUGAAAUACCACAGUGUGGAAAGGUUCGCCUCGCCGUGCAGUUAGACAAGCGACACGUUCUGCUGGAGUUCUUCAUAGUAAAGAAGAAGCAAGGAAUUUUGGGCCUCGAGGCUAGUGAGCAACUUGGUCUGGUCAACAGAGUCAACGCGGUGGACAACAGCGACGGUUACGCAAGCCUAAAGCAGACAUAUCCAAGACUAUUCACCGGCAUUGGAAGGACGCGGCACGAGUACAAAAUGGUGCUUCGAGAGGACGCUGUCCCCGUAGUACAGCCAACCCGGCGCGUGCCUUACGCACUCAUAAAGCCACUCAAGAAAGAGCUCGACCGGAUGUGUGCCGCGAACAUCAUUGAGAAAGUGGAAGAGCCGUCGGACUGGUAUGUUCCAGGCAGCAAAUUAGUUGUUGCUGACACCUUGUCAAGAAUCCCAGCCCAGGAACACCCAGGCAAGGGCACAACAGAUGUUGAAAUUCAUGCUGUUGGCGUCCUUAAUUCAAGUGUGGGUGCAGCCACCCUCUCCCGUCUGCAGGCAGCAACGGCCAGUGAUGAAACGCUGCAAGAUGUCAUUUCGAGAUUGCGGUCGUCAAUCCCAGUAGAGGUUUCAAGUCCGCAUUUUCCCAGAUCCAAUGGACUCGCCGAGAAGGGCGCCCAAGUGGUCAAGCGGAUUCUGGACAAAACGGAGAGGAGUAAAGAGAAUUUCUAUUUAGGUCUUCUAAACUACAGGGUGUGUCCUCUUGAGGAUGGUCGGUCGCCAGCAGAGCUGCUGAUGGGACGAAGUCUCAGAACGCUGCUUCCAGAUUACUCAGUGUCACCCCCAAGGCCCGUGCAAAAACAUGUGCAAACAAAGACCCCAAGAAGGUCACUUGCUCUAUUACAGAAGGGAGACGUCGUCCGCGUUCUCAAUGAUGGUAGAUGGAAAAAAAAAGCACAAGUCCAAGAUCUCGUGGCGCCAAGGUCGUACACCGUUCUGACAGAAGAUGGCCGGGUUUUCCGUCGAAAUAGACAACACCUCCGCAAAACGCCAGAAGCGUUCUGUCGAUUAUCCCAUUACAACGCCGACGACAGCGACGACACCUCCGAUUCAUCUACAAGUGGAGCCAUACCGCACGGGCCAGAAUCUCCGCAGGCUACGCAGGACCGACCGCCAGCCGGCACAUCAGGCUUACCGAACAGUGACGAUUUCUACCGACGAUCCACCAGACCACAAAGACCACCACCUCGCCUGGCCUACACUCACGGAUUCCAGCAGAGUGAAACAGCCUAG